CUUUUUAAACGCCACAACUUUUGUCUGAAACAUUUUUUUGUAAAACUUAUAUUUUUCCUGAUAUUCGGGCGUCCCGGUACUUUCCACCCUGUAUAUUAUAUUAUAUCAUAUCACAUGUAUUAGCGUUUAAGUUAUCUAUACUUGACGUUCAGUCGUUGAUAAUGACUCAUUGAUUAACAGCGUUUAUAAAAGAGCAAAGUGUGCUGUAGAAUAUAGUCUGCGAACCAGAGUGAUUUCAUGCAUUCAUUUUCAUUGUAACUUUUAAUAUGUAUUAAUUAGGUAAAUUUAUGUGAAAUAGUAAUCAAUUCUGAACUCGCUUUCUCAAACCGUGAGUACAAAAAUCGAGUUUAGAAUUGAUUACCAUUUCGCAUAGUCCUAAUAUUAAUAAAGGCAAAUGUGACAUUUUCACUUCUCAUCGGUGUGCAAAGUGUAUAUUUGUUCAUUAAUAAUACGUAUCUAAAGAUUGUCUUCAUAUCUAUAUUUGAUAUUAAACCUAUCAAUAUGGACCAAAAAGUUAAGAAAUAUCUUGAUAAUGACACGAUAUUCAAUGAAAUAAAUAAACAAUUUAUAAGUUUAGAACAUCAAAAUGUAAAAGAAAUAAAUGAGCAUUUAAACGAGGCUUAUAAUGAGUUGAUAGAUAUUAUGAAAAAUCAAAACUCAUUAUUUAAAAAAACAUUUAAAAGAACUGUAUAUACUGGAAGCUUUUAUAAAAAAACGAAAAUUGGAUCACCUGAUGAAUUUGAUUUAAAUUUAAUAAUUAAAUUACCUAUCAAAGAAGACAACGUACAGUUUAGCACAAACUUACCAGGUUACAUUAAAAUAUGCACAAAUAUCUCUAGAAACAAUACAUUAAAUAUGGAUCAAAAAGCACAUAAAGAUAUGAUGUCUUUCAUAGAUAAUCAGACAUACUUGGAUCAAGAUCGCUUUCGUAGAUGGAUUGAACGUAUUUUGAGUAAAGCGACUCAUGUCACCAAUGAAAAUAAUAGAAUGAAACUUAAAGAUUAUACUGUAAGGAUAAAAAAAUCAGGUCCAGCAUUUACAUUGUCUUUGCAGAUUCCUAAUCGCGAACAGCCGAUCAGUAUCGAUUUGGUUCCCGUUUUGGCAUUUUCAAGUAGUCGUCAUCCACCGCCAUGCUCUGGAAAUUACGUGCCAGAGUAUUGUAAUAGAGAUUGGUUCCUGGUUCCUAAGCCAUUAAACAAUAAAAACAUUUCCGAUGCAGAAGAAAAUCAAUAUUGGCGAUUAAGUUUUUAUGAAUUUGAAAAAGUUAUUCUUUCUAAAUACGGACGAGCUAAACCCAUAAUACGCCACUUAAAGAAAUUUAGAGAUACCCAAAAUUUGAAGUGUAUUGCCAGCUAUUACAUUGAAACAUUAUGUUUUCACCAUCUGCAUAUUUUUAAAGAGCAAAGAAAGUCAUCAACUUCUUUAUUUUUCACGAUGUUAAAACAACUCUUUGAAGCUUUCCAUGAUCGCUGUAUAAAAUAUUAUUGGGACGAAAACGUGAAUUUAUUGGAAAAAAUCGAAUAUAAUGAAAUGAAAAACAUAGAAAAGAGAUUAUUCAAUAUUAUAAAAAAUAUUGAGAAGCAGAUAACAGAAAAACCGGACAACUCAUUUGCUAUAGCUACAUAUGUUUUGAAUUCAGAAGAAAACGCACAUUUGAAGGUGAAUUUAGAAGAAAACGAACGCUUGAAGAAUAAUAAAAUAAAAUCUAAAUCUAUGAAACUAAAUCUAGAAUCUGAAACGCAGUUAGAACCAAAAGCUGAAAGCCAGGGAAGAUGCAUUAUUGUCUGACCAUGUAAGGAAGUAAUCGUUAAGGGGACUUUUAUGACAAAGUACUAUUAGUGACACUGUUAGAACUAUAGCACUAAUGAUAUUUUCGCUAUAGUGAUACUGUUAGUGGUAAUAGUUCUAGUAGUUAUUUUUAAAACGUUAAAAACAAUGGAUUAAGUUCACUCUUUUUCAUUAAAAAAACGUUUUUUCAAAUGUUUUGAAAAAAACAUUUCUAAAAUAUUUAAUAAACGUUUUUUAAAUAUUUAUUAAA